AUGCUCACGUCCGCCUUUUUGAGAAACCUGCUGCCCUGGGGCGAGCGGGUCGUCUUCACUAUACCCCCUGUUGAAGCAGUUGAAAUCGACACAGCGCACGAAAAGGCCGCGCGAGCCCUAAAGCACCUGCUUAAGCUCAACCACGCCAACAAUGCGAUCCUCUGGAACGAGCGCAGAUUCCAUAACCAUGCCCCGCACUCGCUGUCCUCGUACUUCCUGUUGGGUGCUGAUGCGGAGAAUUUGAAUCGCCUGUAUGAGUGUGAGCUGAAGCCGCUCGAUGGGUGGGCCGACUCGCCGGGGGAGAUCAGUACGUACGAUUGGAGGGAUUAUUUGGGCAAGAGGGAAUACCAACGAGCGUAUGUCGACUUCUUCGAAGACGAGCUUGUCCGCCAUGGCUACGACUGGAAAAAGGUGGUCGCCAACUAUUUAUUCGAAGGAAAGGAGCCUCUCUUCAACGCCUUAGCCUGUGACCUCGGCCACCCCCUCAUCCACCUCGCCUACGCCUUCGAAGUGUCUAGCCGCGAAGUCGCAAUGGAGGCCCUCUCCCUCGCAUCAGUCUGCUACAGCCCAACCCACAAAUACCUUGACGACCCAUCCUAUUCCCAAGCCGAAGCCUCCUACUAUUCACAUUCCCCCAUCGAAAUCCUGACCAAAGUACGCACGGACAAACGUCUAACAAACCUCUUCACAACACCCGGCGACCACAAUACAGAAGUCGUCUUCCGCGAAGCCGAAGCAACAAUCCUCAAUCACUGGAACGCAUGGAAAAUCCCCACAGGAAGCGACGCAAUGAAAUGCCUCCGAGAAAGCCAAGAACUCGCCGUCGCUCUAUUAACAGCAACCCUAAACCCCGCCACCCCAGACCAGAAAUACGACUUCUUCUUCGUCCACGUCCUCACAUCCAGCUAUGCCGUUCGCGUUCUCCUCCCGCUAAUACCCGCGAAAUUCCAAAUCCCACUCGUGCGCCAGUGGUGGCUCCUGACCCUGGCUGUAUACAUCGGCCAGCUAAGACCGGAAAUCCGCCUCGACACUAUCCGGAAACAGGAUAUCACCAACAAGAGCUGGGAUUAUGUUAAGGAUAAAGCGCUCCACGGCGAACAUUCCACGGAGACGCAUUAUAUCAAGGCUCUCCGUGUCUUCAGGGAUAUGGCAAGGACGUGGGGCGACCCCGAUGGGUACUAUUUGAAGGCUGCUGUUAAGUUUGCGGAUGGGUUUACAGGAUGGGGUGGGUUUGUAUAA